AACUAGCCUUUCGUCCUUAAUCCCCACGUCCGAUAGAACACCGUAUCGGCACUCAAGGACAAUAUCUUCAUUUUCGUGAUUGCGCAUAGUUUUUGAACAAAAUUGUUAUAAAGCUGACUCAGCAUAAUUUAAUGAUAAAAAUAGCCACGUGAGUAUGUGGCGUUUAUUAUAAAUUUACUGGAAAAGCAAGAACACAGAAACUUUAGAUCUACCCCGGUGAGUUUUACGCAAGAAUGAAAAAGAUGCUGUUUACCAAGUGAGUGGGUGGUUCCCCUACACACUCAUCUCUAGUAACUAGAUAUUGGUGAACAGUCAUCACCCAUAGUUAGUUACUACCUUGUUACUCAGCUUCAACAGCAGAACUAGCUUACACCAAAAUUAUAUCCAUAUAAUGGACUCUUAGAUAAAGAUGUUAAGGAUGCUGUAUGGUAGAAUAGGGGUCAUUAGGCGCCCCAAUGCAGUAUUUCGAUUGUUGUAUCCCAUUUCUCAGAUGGCUCAUCCCAAUAAAUGGCAGCAGAUUCAGAUUCAUAUGUCAGCAGUUUCUUCUUAUCCCAGAUGUGAACUCACAUCUGUGAGGUAUAAGGUUGAUAGAGGGAAAUUUAGUCAAGUUUGUCAAGAAGAUAUUGAUUUCUUCCAAAAUCUUCUUGAUUGCCACCGAGUAAUUCUUGGGGAAUCUGAUCUUGAAGGUCAUAAUACUGACUGGCUAGGAAUGGUUCGAGGUGCUUCAUCAGUACUUCUUAAACCAAAGACCACUGAAGAAGUAUCAGCAAUUAUGAGCUAUUGCAAUCAGCGAACACUUGCAGUAUGUCCACAAGGUGGCAACACAGGUUUAGUAGGUGGGAGUGUACCUGUUUUUGAUGAAAUAAUUAUAUCCACAUCUCUUAUGAAUGAAGUUGAAAAUGUAGACUGCCUGUCAGGAGUUGUGAAAUGCCAGUCUGGCUGUGUAUUAGAGGCUUUGGAUCAGCAUGUUGCUGAGUUUGGACUUAUGAUUCCUUUGGAUUUAGGGGCAAAAGGGAGUUGUCACAUUGGAGGAAAUGUGUCAACAAAUGCAGGAGGACUACGUGUUGUACGCUAUGGUGGUCUCCAUGGUUCUGUUCUUGGUGUAGAAGCAGUCUUGGCCUCUGGUGAGGUCAUUGAUUGUAUGUCUGCUAUGAAGAAGGAUAAUACAGGCUAUGAUCUUAAGCACCUCUUUAUUGGUUCAGAGGGAACAUUGGGAAUUAUAACAAAGAUUGCCAUAUGUUGCCCACCUCGGCCAAAAGCAGUAAAUCUUGCCUUCCUGGGUUUGCAGACCUUUGAAGAUGUUCUUCAUACAUUCAGAGAAGCCAAAGCAAAACUUGGUGAAAUUCUUAGCUCAUGUGAAUUUAUUGAUAGGAGUUCCAUGGAAUGUGUAGAGCUUAAUUUGAAGUUGAAACCUCCAAUUGAUCCUCAUCCCUUUUAUAUGUUAAUUGAGACAUCAGGAUCAAAUAGUGAACAUGAUGAAGAAAAGUUGAACAUGUUUUUGGAGGACUCAUUAGGAUCAGGAAAGGUAUCAGAUGGUACCGUUGCAUGUGAACCAUCUCGAAUGUUGUAUAUCUGGGGCCUACGAGAACGAAUUGCUGAGGCUCUCAUCCAAGAGGGAUACACAUACAAAUAUGAUAUCUCUCUGCCACAUAAAGAUUUCUACAGGAUUGUGGAAGACAUGAGAGAUAGACUUGGAAACAGUGUUACACGUUGUUGUGGCUAUGGUCAUAUUGGUGAUGGAAACCUUCACCUGAACAUUGUUAGUAAGGAAUUUAAAAAGGAUAUUCUGAACCUCAUUGAACCUAAAGUGUAUGAGUGGACAGCUGAAGUCAAUGGAAGCAUCAGUGCUGAGCAUGGACUAGGUUUCAAGAAAAGAAAUUUCAUGCAUUUCUCAAAGUCUUCAAAUGCAAUAAAGCUAAUGAAACACAUGAAAAUGCUUUUGGAUCCCCAAGGAAUCCUCAACCCUUAUAAGGUGUUGCCAGAAACCUAAUAAAAAAUAUUGGUCAAUGUAAUUUCAUUUGGAAUUUUUUUGAUUAACUGUUAGAUACCUGUUAAAACUAACAUAUCAACAUAUUGCAAAAUAAUAAUGUGAAGUUUUUGUACUGAAAGUAUAACAUUACAGCCAUAUAAGUUUAAUUCUUUUUUUUUAGCCAAUUUUGUUACACACACACACACAUAUAUGUGUGACUUAUACAAAAGGAUAGUUUAUAAUACACGUCCUCAAAUAUGUACUAGUCUAAUUUAACAUAUUUAUAAAAGUUAUGAAUGUCUUGUUCAAUGUUUAUGCCUCAGGCUGUUCUCAGUUUGACUUCUGUUGUGUAAUUGACUACAUUGCAUUCAUGUUACUUUUUAUUUUAAUUUUGUAAAUGAAAAUGUAAUAAAGUCUAUUUUUCAGG